UUUUCACUGCUUGAAUUUACCUGUACAUAUUUCGAACAAUGUUGGUUGCAAAUUGCAAAUCAUCAACCUAAAAACCACUUCGUAUAAUUUUGACUAUUUUUAGUCAUCGCGAAUUCGUUCUGUGAUUCCUAUAAACUUCUCUUUUUUUCGCUUGGUGGAAAAAAUCAUCAUCAACCCACGUAGACCGUAGUUAGUGUUAAAGUGAAACACACAUCCUUUACGUCAAAGACUGCUCAAAGUGAUGUCCCUUGAUAUAUUAGCACCAGGCGAUUUGAUAGGUACUGAAUUGAAAAUCAAAAUCAAGGAUCAAAGAGAAUUAGUUGGAAUUUUAUUAGCUUUGGAUAAUAAACCAAAUUUGUUGAUAAACAACGUCAUUGAAUACUCAUUUCAACAAGGAAAUUUAAAUAAAAGAGAAUUGGGUUUAGUCUCUGUCCCAUUUGAUUCUAUAACCACUGUCAAGAUCAAUAAUUCAGACUUGGAUAAGACAAUUAAGUGGAAAUCAAAUCUGAUAUAAAUUUUAUAAGGGU